AUGCACUGCGGGGAAGACAACAGAGACAUGCUCCGGAUACUUGCGGGCACCAAUUGCCAUCUGGGCUACAUGGAGAAGGAUGAGAUAUGGAGGUUUGAUUCAUUUGAGGCUUUUGAGGAGAUAUGCUCGUUAGCAAAGCAGAAGGAGGUAGACUUUGUGCUUCUCGGUGGUGACCUGAUCCAUGAGGACAAGCCUUCGCGUUCGACCUUGGUGAAGACCAUUGGAGUAAAUGAUAUACCAGUCAAGUUUCAGGUUGUCAAUGAUCAGACAGUCAACUUCCCAAACAGUUUUGGCCAUGUAAACUAUGAAGACCCACAUUUCAAUGUUGGCUUGCAUGUGUUCACUAUCCAUGGAAAUCAUGAUGAUCCUGCUGGUGUAGAUAACCUCUCUGCUAUCCAUAUCCUUUCGGCUUGCAAUCUUGUAAACUAUUUUGGGAAGAUAGACCUUGGCGGCUCCGUUGUUCAUCAAAUAGUUGUCCAUCCAGUACUUGUUAAAAAGGUGAACUACUUCUGA